CCCGUGAGCGUGACCCACCCAAAAACCCUGACGCGCAUAACCCCCAUUCCGUCCAAAUGCCCGGCCGCUCGCCGGCGCCCACCGGCCGCAGCCGGCGCCGCAGCCGAGGCUGGAGCACUCCGUAUAAGGCCUCCCGUCGCCCGCAGUCCCCGACCCCUUCCUCCGCGCCGCCCCUUGCCCAGCAGCCGCCCCUGCCCCCUGGCACCGAGGUCGAGGUCCGCGUCGACGACGACGGCUUCCACGGCUCCUGGUUCGAGGCCAAAGUCGACAGCUUCCUCCCCGCGCGCGGCCGCGGCUCCCGGGCCCGCUACACCGUCACCUACUCCCAUCUCCUCUCCGACGACUCCGGCGGUACCCUCGUCGAACCCUUCGCCCCCUCCCACAUCCGCCCCCGCCCCCCUCCGCCCUCCAACCCGGAGCCGCUAUGCCUCCACGACAUCGUCGAGGCCUUCCACAACGACGGAUGGUGGUCCGGGAUCCUUCUCGCCACUGACCCCCUGACCGCCGCCUUCCCCAUCACCCGCGAGGUCAUCACCUUCCAGGAUCCCCACCACGUCCGCCACCGCCGCGACUACGUCGACGGCCAAUGGCUCCCGUCCAAGGUCGCCAUUUCCGUCCAGCCCAAGCGGGCGGUUAGGGUUUACGCAGUUGGGGACAAGGUGGAGGUGGUCAGGGAUCGGGACUUGUAUGGCUACUCGUGGUUCCCCGCCACUGUGGCCAAGGUCAUCGAUAGGCUGAGUUACCUCGUUGAGUACUCCGAUCUGGAGGAAGAGGUGGGUGGGGGGAAGGCCAUGGAGUACCUGCAUUGUCUCUUUAUCAGACCAGACGUGGAGCACUCUCCGCGGGAGAGCGAGUUCCACCUCGGUCCUGGUGCCGCAGUGGAGGUGUACUGUGACGGCGCUUGGUCACCAGGGGUGGUGCAAAGGGCUGUUGGCGAGGGUGAGUACGAGGUUAGCAUCAAUGGGAAGGAGGGAGAGCUGUUACUGAAGAAGGUGCCAGAGUUGCUCAAGCCUCAAUACAAGUGGAAUGGCAAGCAUUGGAGGAUUGUAAGCCCUAAGAGACAAGGUAAUAGGCGGCAGUCUGUAUCUGGAAAACGUCCAAGCUCAGCUGUUGAGGUGGCAUCCAAUGAUGAUGAAAAUGGACAUCAUACUCAAUCUCCAGCCACAAAAAGGUCAAGGAAAGAACUGCCACGAAAAAAACAUGAAGAAUUAACUGAAGGUUCUGAACAUGUGUUGGAGUCUGAGAUGGACACUAGUUUAUCUGCACUACGCAAGUCACUAGCAAGCAAUUUUUCUCCAAAAUCCUGUUCUCCACGAUCUAGAAAAAAUAACUUUCAAGCGAUUUCACGAAGGAUAGUGGAUUCUUGUACAGUGCCGAUGAAGGGGCUUGGGGUUCAUCAUGCUUCCUCAGAAAAUCCAACACCUCAGAACGAAUCAAGAGCAGAUGGUAUUGUGGAAGUUGUUGUUCAUGCUUCCUCAGAAAAUCCAACACCUCAGAACGAAUCAAGAGCAGAUGGUAUUGUAGAAGUUGUUGUUCAAGAAGCCCCGCUUGACAUGAUGCUUUCAAAUGGUCAGCUUAAUUCACCUGUAUGUGGAACAGUUGGUGAUGAAGCCCAUGAUAUGCUUUUGACUGCAGUAUUAAGAAAACAGAAAAUGGAUUCGUCCUGCAUAAAUAAUGCUGUCCAGAAACCACAGGAAAGCCCGCUUGAUGUCCAGCCACUCCAGGUAAAGAAAUUUAGUGUCAGACAAAAAGGUGGGGAAACACACCCUAUUCAAGCACUUGAGGGAAAUAGUGACACAUUUGAUAAUAUUCAGUUGAAAGGUAAAAGCAAUAGCUCUUGUAAGGAAAUUAUUUGUGCUUUGACUGCUUCGACGUGCAAUGCCCCUUCACCGCUGGAUAAGCAGGCAAGAGCAACUGAUGCGGUGUCAAGAGGGGCUGAUAGUAGCUCAAACACAAAGGUUUUUGCCUCUAAGAAAUCAGCUGAAAAGAAAGGCGUCAAAGGUUUGUCUGGCCCACAUAGCUCAGUGCAUGGAACUAGGACUGUCCAGAAGAGAAGUGCAAAGAAAGUGGCAGGGCGACAGAAAGAAUGCUUCAUGGAAAGACAAGUGGACAGCAGAGGACCUCAUACUCAGCAGCAGCUCAACAUGGAGGAAAAAGUUGGCGUAAAUGACGGAACAAAUCACGAACUGUUUCCUUUAAUACCCCCAGGCUUCAAAUUAAUAUGUAACGGGCAAGGUUUACUUCAUGGGGAAAAAGUGGAUGAGAGACCAAUUCAACUACAUAUUCAGGAUGCUGGGAGCUCACAGUGCACCAUGGAGAACACUGCAUUAAGGAGCUGCUCAGCUGUUGGGACUUCUCUGCACCCACCUUUUCUUUCAUGUCAGAUCUCUGGUGAGCGUUUUCCGUUCAUCAAGACCUCAUCCAUAUGGCAUCACAUUGAACCAAUGGAAGUGUUUCGGAAGGUACCACAGGAACCCCAUUUCCUUCCACUUCAGCAAUUUAUGCCAGAACUGCGUGAAGGAAUGGCUAUAGGUCUAAUGGUGACAUAUGACAGCUUAGUUGAAAGUGUGAAGAGAUCAUGCAUAGAAGAUAGUAUUGAGUUAUUUGAAAGAAAGAUCAAUGCACUUGCUCAUUUAGAGGAACAUGGAUUUGAUGUUAAGUUGCUGCAGCACAGUCUAAUGAAAUUACUCGAGGCCAAAUGGGAGCACACCAAGCAUCUUGGACAUCUGGACGAGUUGAAAGAAUUAGUACCGCGGAAGGAGUCUGCCAUGUCCCAAAAGCAUGCAUUACUUGUUGAAAAAGAAGGAGCUAUAUUUCAGCUUGAGCAGAAACUUGAGUACCUUCGCGGUGAAGCAGAGCAGAUUGCAAGGGAGACAAAAGAUGAAGAUGCAGAGCUCUUGAGGUUGAAAGUGGGAGUUAACAUGGCUCAGGAAGCAUGUGUUAAUGUUGAAGUGCGGUUUCACGACAUUCUAGCCGAUAUGAGUUCGAGACUGCAGCUUUCCGAGUGAUACAAUAUUCAGAAAUCAUUUCAAUCUCCCAACUUUAUUUGUUCCUGUAGCUUAUGCUCCCAUGUGUUGCACCUUUAUGUUAUCUAGGAUCAUCACCGAACUUGGAUUAAGGUUCCAAUUGUCAUUCGACACCUUUUGUGCAUGUAGCAGAUGUAUGAAUCUUCAAUUCUGUCAAGUUUAGACCCAUGUUUCUAUGCUAGUUGGAUGGUAUUUAUCGUUGUGUAAA